AUGGAUGACCUAGAGUCUCUGGAGCUUCUCUCGCUCGUCUCGCGAGUGACGAACGAGCUCCAGAACUACCUGGGCAUCAACGACAAGACCUUGGCCGAGUUCGUCAUCGACCAGCACCUCAAAUGCAGCGGCUUCCCCGAAUUCAAGAAAGGCCUCGACGACAUGGGUGCCGAGUUCCCCCAGAGUCUGAUGGAGAGUCUCGAUCGCCUCAUCCUGACCAUGCACCCGAAGUACAAGGCCAAGAAGACUCAGAAUGGCGACGCGGCGGCUGCGCAUGAUGGCGACGACAUGGAUGUGCUCGAUGCUUUGGAGAAGAAGUCGCGUGUGUUCAAGGGUCUGGCUGUUCCUGACACGGAGAAACGAUGGGUUGAAAACGAUUACAUGGAUCCCCAGGAGGCCGCGGACGGGGCCGAUGCCCAAGCGGGCGCCAUGGACGAUACAUUUGCGAUGCUGGAGGGUCUGGCGGGACAGCCGCGCGCGGCUAGGGAUGAUCGCAGCAGCACCAGGAAACGGAGCCGCAGUCCAGAGCAUGAUGAUUACAACCGGGGGCGCCGGCGCCGGGACAAAUAUCGGUCCCGGUCAAGGUCUCGCAACGGCAAAAACGACCUUGUGGACGAGUUUGGUCGAUCCAUCGGUGGCCAUCGCAACGGCCACAGCGAUCGUCGGAGACACCGAGACGAUGAUCUUCGCCGUCCGCCCGUCGAGCUCGAUGAACACCCAAUCCUCUACAAGAUCUACGAUGGCCGAGUGACUGGCGUGAAGGAUUUCGGUGCCUUUGUAAAUCUACAGGGUGUUCAAGGGAAGGUGGAUGGCCUCGUUCAUAUUUCGGCUAUGCGGGAAGGAAUGCGAGUGAAUCACCCGUCUGAUCUAGUAUCUCGCGGGCAGCCCGUCAAAGUCAAAGUGGCUAGCAUCCAGGGCACUCGCAUUGGCUUGUCGAUGAAGGAAGUGGAUCAAGAGACAGGCAUGGAUCUUGUGCCUCAGCGCCGCUUAGCAUCUGGUGCAAAUAUGGAGCGCCUCGACGGAACAUCCGCAGCAGAUGACAAGUAUGGCAGCCUUAGCUCGGAUGUCCCUGUCAUCGAAUCAGAUGGACGACCUAUGCGGAAUCGCAAACGGCUUACCUCUCCCGAGAGAUGGGAAAUCAAACAGUUGAUCGCGUCUGGUGCCGUGAGUGCGGCGGAUUACCCCGAUCUCGAUGAGGAAUACCAUGCGACGUUGACGGGAGAAGCCACCUUCGAAGAAGAGGAAGAUGUCGACAUUGAAGUCAAGGACGAAGAGCCCCCGUUCCUAGCUGGACAGACUAAACAAUCCCUUGAACUCUCGCCUAUUCGCGUUGUCAAAGCACCCGAUGGUUCUAUGAAUCGUGCGGCAAUGUCAGGUACCAGCCUUGCCAAGGAGCGACGCGAGCUGAAACAGCAAGAGGCGCAGGGCAAGGCGGCUGAACGUGCUGCUGAUGUCGACCUGAAUGCUCAAUGGCAGGAUCCUAUGGUCGCACCCGAAGACCGACAGUUCGCUACAGACCUACGAUCUGCGCAACAACCUAAGGAUGAGUCUGUACCGGAAUGGAAACGGGUUACUAUGGGCAAGAACACAUCGUUUGGCAAGCGGACCAACAUGACUAUUAAACAGCAACGCGAAAGCUUGCCGGUAUACAAAUUUCGCAAGCAACUGCUAGAUGCUGUGAAGGAAAAUCAGUUGAUGAUCGUCGUCGGCGACACUGGCUCGGGGAAGACUACGCAGUUGACGCAGUACCUAGCCGAGGCCGGGUAUGCAAACAACGGUAUCAUCGGCUGUACUCAGCCACGUCGUGUUGCUGCUAUGUCCGUGGCCAAACGUGUUUCCGAGGAAGUGGGCUGCAACCUUGGUGCAGAAGUUGGAUACACCAUUCGUUUCGAAGACUGCACUAGCCCCGAGACCAAAAUCAAGUACAUGACAGACGGCAUGCUUCAAAGAGAGAUUCUCUUGGACCCUGACAUUAAGAGAUACUCCGUGAUCAUGCUUGACGAAGCGCACGAGCGCACGAUCGCGACCGAUGUUCUCUUCGGUCUAUUGAAGAAGACGGUCAAGCGAAGACCCGAUCUACGACUCAUUAUCACAUCCGCCACACUAGACGCCGAGAAGUUCUCAGAAUUUUUCAAUGGGUGUCCUAUCUUCUCGAUUCCUGGCCGAACAUUCCCUGUCGAAAUUAUGUAUUCAAAAGAGCCCGAAGAAGACUACCUCGACGCUUCCCUCCUCACCGUCAUGCAAAUUCAUUUGACCGAGCCUUUGGGUGAUAUUCUUCUCUUCUUGACUGGACAGGAAGAAAUCGACACAGCAUGCGAAAUUCUAUUUGAACGGAUGAAGGCGUUAGGGCCCACCGUGCCCGAAUUGGUCAUUCUUCCCGUCUAUUCUGCUCUUCCUAGUGAGAUGCAAAGCCGGAUCUUUGAGCCCCCGCCACCGGGUGGCCGGAAAGUUGUUAUCGCGACCAACAUCGCUGAGACCUCGAUCACCAUUGACAAUGUCUACUAUGUCAUCGAUCCCGGAUUUGUGAAACAAAAUGCCUACGACCCGAAGCUCGGCAUGGAUUCCCUAGUAGUCACUCCGAUUUCUCAAGCGCAGGCCAAACAGCGUGCGGGACGUGCUGGACGAACAGGCCCAGGAAAGUGUUUCCGUCUAUAUACCGAAGCGGCCUAUCAAUCUGAGAUGCUUCCGACGACCAUUCCGGAUAUACAGCGCCAAAACCUCUCGAUGACCAUCCUGAUGCUCAAAGCCAUGGGCAUCAAUGACCUCCUCCAUUUUGAUUUCAUGGAUCCACCCCCGACCAACACCAUGUUGACCGCGCUCGAGGAACUCUAUGCACUGUCCGCUCUAGACGACGAAGGUCUCUUAACCCGGUUAGGACGAAAGAUGGCCGAUUUCCCUAUGGAACCCGCGCUCGCCAAGGUUCUCAUUGCAUCGGUAGACAUGGGUUGCUCCGAAGAAAUUCUCACGAUUGUCGCUAUGCUUUCUAUCCAUUCGAUCUUCUACCGCCCAAAGGAGAAACAGCAACAGGCCGACCAGAAGAAGUCCAAAUUCCACGAUCCGCAUGGCGACCAUCUAACACUGCUCAACGUUUACAACGGUUGGAAGAAUGCGAAGUUCAACAAUGCGUGGUGCUUUGAAAACUUCAUUCAGGCUCGACAAAUAAAACGCGCACAGGAUAUUCGCCAACAACUCCUCGGGAUUAUGACUCGCUACCACCAUAAGAUUGUUUCUUGCGGCCGGAACACUACCAAGGUGCGACAAGCUCUCUGCACAGGCUUCUUCCGCAACUCGGCUCGCAAAGAUCCCCAAGAGGGGUACAAAACGUUGGUAGAAGGCACGCCCGUGUACAUGCACCCCAGUUCCGCGCUGUUUGGGAAGCAAGCUGAGCACGUCAUCUACGCUACUUUGGUUCUCACGACGAAGGAAUACAUGCACUGCACCACAGCGAUUGAACCGAAAUGGCUUGUUGAAGCAGCCCCGACCUUCUUCAAGGUCGCACCCACCGACCGUCUCUCCAAGCGCAAGAAGGCCGAGCGCAUCCAGCCUCUGCACAAUCGGUUUGCCGGCGAAGAUGAUUGGCGCUUGUCAGCACAGCGGCGCCAAGGCAGAGGAGGUGGUGGUGGGACUUGGGGUUAG